AUGGGUAAAAAGGUCAAAAUUGGAAAACAGCGUCGGGACAAAUACUACAAAUUGGCAAAGGAAGCAGGUUAUCGAUCUCGAGCUGCAUUCAAGUUGAUCCAACUCAAUAAAAGAUUUGAAUUUCUGCAAAACUCACGGGCCACAGUCGAUUUGUGUGCUGCUCCAGGAGGAUGGAUGCAAGUUGCGACUCAAAAUAUGCCAGUAUCGAGCCUCGUAAUCGGCGUGGAUUUGGUCCCUAUAAAGCCAAUCGCUAACUGUAUUGCAUUGCAAGGAGAUAUCACAACAGAGAAGACGAGGCAGGCUAUCAAGAAGGAGUUGCAGCGCUGGGAAGCUGAUUGCGUCCUCCACGAUGGUGCGCCAAACGUUGGUCUCAACUGGGUUCAUGACGCGUUCCAGCAAAACUGCCUUGUCCUAUCGGCCCUAAAGUUGGCAACUCAAAUUCUCAGAAAGAAUGGGACAUUCGUCACAAAGGUUUUCCGAUCGAAUGAUUAUUCCUGCUUGAUCACGGUAUUUGAAAAACUUUUCAAAAAAGUGCAUGUGUGGAAACCAGCUGCAUCUCGCCUCGAGUCUGCCGAGAUUUUCGUUGUUUGUGAGAAGUACUUGAAACCACCGAAGGUAGCGCCAGAGCUCCUUGAUCAUAAAAAAGUAUUUUUGGAACCGGAUGGUCACGAUGCUCACAAGCCGAACCCUCAAACAAUUCUGCUGGGAAAGAAGGAGAAGAAGGCCAAAGCGGAAGGUUAUGAGGAGGGGUUGUUAUCGGUUCAUAAGAAAGUUGACGCAACGACAUUCAUUCAAGCCCAUGAGUACCUCGAAGUACUGGGUGGUGCAAAUGAGAUUGUUCUCGAUCAGGAAAAAUGGAAGAAUGCUCCAGAAACUAAUGAAGAGAUACGAGAAUACCUAAAAGACUUGAAAGUUUGUGGACCACGCGAGUUGCGGAAACUCCUUAAAUGGAGGAAAGCAAUGAGAAGCAUCCUCGAGGAAGAGCUCAAAGCUCUGGAGAAAGAACUUGGAGAAGAAAAUGUGCCUGAAGUAGAGUUGAAUGAAGACGAACUUGAAGACAAGGAGAUGGCAGAAAUUGAUGAGAUGAUUGCACGCGCCACCGAAGAGGAACGGGUGGCUCUAAAGAAAAGAAAGAAGAAAUUACUAAAAGCGAAAGCGAAAAUAGUCAGAAGACGUCAGCUGAAAAUGAUAAUUGAAGGUGAUCAUGCCGAUCAGGUGGAAGACAUUGAGUUGUUUAGCUUGAAGAAAAUUCGCAGGGCCAGAGAACUGAACAAAUUGACCGCAGAUUCAGUAGAAACACCAGAAAUUGAAGGAAUGAAUGAGGACCGGGAGGGUCUGGGUGAUGGAGAAUGGGAAACCAGAGACGGCACUGGAUCAGACGACGAAGAAGAAAAUGAUGAUGAAGUUGGUGAAGAAUCGAGUGAUGAAAGCGAUAACGAGCUUAUUAACACCGAAGAAAGCGGUUUAAGUAAGCUACAGAAGAAAGAAUCAAGAGCGGACAAGUGGUUUGGAAAGGAGGAGAUUGCUGGAUUACUGUCUGAUGAAGACGAAGAUGAUGAGAUGGACGUAAUUGAAAAACAUAUGAAACGACAGAGCAGGAAUCUCCAUGCUAAUACAGUCAGUUUCGAAGAUGACGAGAUGUCCAAUAAAAAGAGAAGAAAACGGAAAAACAGCGAUGAUGGAGAUGUUGAUGUUGAUGGGGAACAUGUAAAAGCAAACGAGGAUGAAGUUGAAGAGGGAUCAAAAUUCACCGCUGAAAUGGCUUGGGAAGAAGAAGAAUUUGAAGAUGAGGAUAACCGAGCAGCAAAACGCGAAGUCUCGAAAGCCAUACUCGGAGAGGAUUUGAAACCUAAAGCAAAAAAACGUCGUCUUACUCCAGAACAACUUGCCUUAGGAGAGCAGUUGAUAUACUCAAGCAAAUCUGCGAGAGAGGUUGAAGAGUGGGGUUGGAACAGGUAUGCGAAUAACGAUGAAGGACUUCCGGAUUGGUUCGUUGAAGAUGAGAGAAAACAUUACCGGAAGCAGUUGCCGGUUAGCAAAGCUCAAGUUGAAGAGUAUAGGAAGCGCCUUCGUGAAUUGAAUGCACGGCCGUGUAAGAAGGUUGCCGAAGCAAAAACUAGAAAGCAGAGAAGAGCGUUGCGUCGCUUGCAAGCUGCGAAGAAGAAGGCUGAAGGCGUAUUAGAAAACGAAAAUCUCGAACAUGCGGAGAAAGUACGAGAAAUGAAAAAGAUUUACGCGGCUGCUAAUAAGAAAGAGAGGAAGAAGACGGAGCUUGUUGUGAUGACAAAAGGCAAAAAGGGAAAAAUUUCAAGACCAAAUGGCCGAUAUAAACUUGUUGACAGUCGAAUGAAGAAAGACUUACGCGCUAUGAAAAGUAAGGAGAAAACAAAAGGUCGUGGAAAAAGGCCGUGUCCUUCGUCGUUUUUCUCUGUGGACAAUCGGUAUGCACUGCACUGUUCAGCGAUCCAUAAUUCCACGCGUGAGUACUUCGUUGGUGGCAGACGAUAUCUUCACGCUUCAUCUUAA